AGCACAACCCCUCUCUAACAAAUUCCACUCAAAUUCAUUCAUACAUUCAUUCAUUCAUUCAUUCCCAAACCAAAAUGCCUGAAGCCCCCAAAACAGCAACCUCUGUAAGCCCCAAUUACAACCUUGUUCAAAAAAACAACGCCAUUCUCCAAUUCAUUGAAGAUGUGACCACCAACGCCGAUCUUGUCCAACGCCAAGUCCUCUCCCAAAUCCUCUCCCGCAAUGCCACCUCCGAGUAUCUCUCCCUCCAUGGCCGCCCUUCCCCCGACACCUUCAAAUCCUCCAUCCCCCUCGUCUCUUACGACCACAUCCAACCCUUCAUCUCCCGCAUCGCUAAUGGCGACACCUCCCCUAUUCUAUGCUCCUCCCCCAUCUCUGAGUUUUUAACAAGCUCUGGCACUUCCGGCGGCGAGAGAAAGCUGAUGCCCACCAUCGAAGAGGAGCUCGAAAGACGCUCACUUUUGUAUAGUUUGUUGAUGCCUAUCAUGACCCAAUUCGUUCCGGGCUUGGAAAAGGGCAAAGGAAUGUACUUUUUAUUCGUCAAAGCGGAAGCCAGAACCCCUGGUGGCCUACUCGCUCGCCCUGUUUUAACCAGCUACUACAAAAGCUCCCACUUUAAGAACCGCCCUUAUGAUCCUUACACCAAUUACACAAGCCCCAAUGAAGCCAUUCUUUGCCCUGACGCCUACCAAAGCAUCUACGCUCAAUUGCUCUGCGGCCUCUGCUACCGUCUCGACGUCCUCCGCGUCGGCGCCGUCUUCGCCUCCGGCUUCAUCCGUGCCAUUCGCUUUCUUGAAAAGCACUGGCAACUUCUCUGCCACGACAUCCGGACCGGGACGCUCAAUUCCCAAAUCACGGACCAGGCAGUUCGCGAUGCGGUCAUGUUAGUCCUGCGUAGGCCUGAUCCAGAGCUGGCUGAUUUUAUUCACGAACAAUGCUGCAAAGGGUUUUGGAAGGGAAUUAUUACAAGGCUGUGGCCCAACACCAAAUAUUUGGAUGUGAUCGUUACGGGCACAAUGUCACAGUACAUUGGCACGCUUGAUUAUUAUAGCAAUGGGCUGCCCUUGGUGUGUACUAUGUAUGCUUCUUCCGAGUGCUAUUUUGGCGUCAAUCUUAACCCUCUUUGUAAACCAAGUGAAGUUGCUUAUACACUCAUCCCUUCCAUGGCCUAUUUUGAGUUCCUUCCUGUUCAAAGAACCUCCAACAACGACGAAUCUCUCGACGAUCAACAACUUGUUGAUCUCACCGAUGUCGAACUCGGCAAAGAAUAUGAGCUCGUUGUCACUACUUACGCCGGCUUAUAUCGUUAUCGAGUCGGCGAUAUCCUAAGAGUGGCAGGAUUCAAAAACAAAGCUCCACAAUUCAACUUCAUUUGCAGGAAGAACGUGGUUCUAAGCAUUGAUUCGGAUAAGACAGACGAAGUGGAGCUACAAAACGCAGUGAAAAAGUCGGUGAACCAUUUGGUGCCAUUCGAGGCAACAUUGGCUGAGUACACAAGCCAUGCCAACACAUCAACAAUUCCGGGGCACUACGUGCUGUAUUGGGAGCUGAAUCAGAAGGGUGGCUCGGCAACUCCGGUGCCGCCCUCUGUGUUGGAAGAUUGUUGUCUUACGAUCGAGGAGUCACUGAACAGCGUAUACCGACAAGGGCGAGUGGCCGAUAAGUCGAUCGGACCACUGGAGAUCAAGGUGGUGGAGAGUGGAACGUUCGACAAGCUCAUGGAUUAUGCCAUAAGCAUGGGAGCUUCUAUAAAUCAGUACAAAACCCCAAGGUGUGUGAAGUUUCAACCCAUUGUUGAGCUAUUGAACUCCAGAGUGGUGGGUUGUUAUUUCAGCCCCAAGUGCCCCAAGUGGGUUGCUGGUCAUAAGCAAUGGUCCCAACAGGAUUGAUUAAUUAAAAGCUCUUGGUUUUAUUUUAUUUUUUUUCCUCGCAAGCAAACAAAAUAAUGAUCAUAUCAUCCUUUUUCUGAGUAAGCCAAUGUAAAAAAAGAAUCGAAAAACAAAUUUUCUGUUCAAA